AUGGCUCUGCCUCCUUCCUGGGCCUGGGUCCUGCUUGGUUGUGCAUCUGCUUCUUUAGCAGGAGCUCUCAGUCUCUCGGAUCUGUAUCCUCCUCUGUGGCAGGAGAGCCCUGGUCAGUUCAGUGACUACAGGGUAGAGAACGGGAAAUACGUUAUUGACCCCUGGGUGUUCACUGACAGAAUGGGGAUGUACAAAGUCCUGCUGAAUAGGACAGCCACAUAUUUUGCAAAAUUUGGUCCAGAAAAUGAACAAAACCUUUUAUGGGGACUGCCUCUUCAGCAUGGCUGGCAAUAUAGAUCAGGGAGAUUAGCAGAUCCCAGCAGGCAGACGGACUGUGGCUAUAAAUCCAAUGCUCUGUGUGUCUCUGUGAGCAGCUGGUCGGCUGAUUUCAAUUAUUUCCUGAGUGUACUACCUUUCCUUGCUGCCCUGGAUUCUGGCGUAAUGGGGACAUCACCAGACAAAGUCACGCUUCUGCCUCCACCCAAGGACCAGAUGCGGUUUUGCUACAAUGUUUCUGACUGUCUUGCCUCCUUCCCUGAUUUAAUGAACCAGUGGAGAAUCUUUUAUGAGGUUCUGUGUUUAAAUUUCAAUUAUUUCCUGAGUGUACUACCUUUCCUUGCUGCCCUGGAUUCUGGCGUAAUGGGGACAUCACCAGACAAAGUCACGCUUCUGCCUCCACCCAAGGACCAGAUGCGGUUUUGCUACAAUGUUUCUGACUGUCUUGCCUCCUUCCCUGAUUUAAUGAACCAGUGGAGAAUCUUUUAUGAGGUUCUGUGUUUAAGUGGUGGCAGAAAAGCAUUCAAAUUCCACAACUCCCCAGCCAUGCUUUUGCCCGUUUGCUGUGCUCCCGGUAAAGCGUGGGGCCCGACUUCCGAAGAUCAGUUCUACUAA